UGUGCCGACGCCAUGUGAUGUGUCGAAAGCAGUGAAACAACUUUGCAACGUUUCGGAUUCGGACGUCAUUGACGAUUGACAACAUGAUUAAUUGAUAAAUGUUCAAUUUUUCAAUAUACAUCUGAAAUUAGUCUUUUUUUAGUGAAUUUAUUGUGCCUGUAAUUUUAUUCACAUAGUAAGAUACAACAUGACUUAUUUAGAUUCGUGGGAAGAAUUCGAAAAGUGUGCUGAGAGGUUAUACUUACAAGAUCCAAUGAAAGCACGAUAUACCAUGAAGUACUGCCAUCAAAAAGGGGUUCUUUAUCUAAAGUUUACUGAUGAUAAAACGUGUCUGCAAUACAAAACUGAAAUUGCCCAAGACAUCAAGAAAAUGGAGAAGUUUAUUAAGAAUUUGAUGCGACAUAUGGCUUCAAAAGACAACUGAGCUAGUUGUGAAAAUACUUGAAGGACAUAACGUUUAUCAAAUUUUUGUGCAAUGGAAAGAUAUACUUAGUGUCCCAGCCCUUUUAUAUACAAAAAGUGUAAAAAUUACACUUUAUUAAAUCAUGCACGGUGUACAUUUAAAAUACCAAUCAGGAAGCUAUCUUUCAUCAAUACAACACUGAAAUGGAUUUAGCCCUGAUGAUGCACUACUAUGUGCAAGAAAUCAUAUGACGAAUGAACAUUCUGUUUUGUAACUAUUGAAUUUUUGCAUACUUUAAAUACCAUUAAUACUUAAGAACAAGAUCAAGAUUUUUAUUAUUAAUAUCAACUGAUUCCUACAAUUUUUUUAUUAGAAUUUAUUUCUUAUUGAAAAAUAGUUUUUUUUACUAAACUUGACUGAUAAUUUAUGCAAUAUAGGAAAAUUGUAGUGGGGAAGACAGUCAUUACUAUAGCUGAUACUCAAAAUCAGUAUCUCAAUAUCUCUAGUCGAACGUUGCACUAAUUUUGUACAUAACUUUUACUCUAAUGUUGGACACAGUAUUAAUUUAACAAUGUGGUUUUUAUCAUUGAUAGAUUCAAGCGACAUAUGAUUUUUAUUCCCUGAAGUGGCUGAUAACAUAUUAAGCAAAACAUUGAAAGAAUUACAAAGUGGUUGAUUUAUCUAAAGGUUGAUCUUCGCUAAUUCCCAUUGCCAUUUUCCUUUAAUGUAUAAACACAUGAUAGAAGGUAGUAACAAUAAUAUUGAUUAAUAAUUAUUUAUAAUGAAUCAAUAUAAGUUUUCUUUAACUACAUCAAGUAAUACUGCAAUUAUAUAAAAGAAUUGAAUGAUAAACUGUGAUAACGAAAUAAUUCAUAAAUAAUAAGCG